AUGCUUGCCUCUGAGCCGCCCUUCACGAACGACGCCGAGAACGAGCUGCUGACCAGCUCUCAAUCAGCCACGCUCUCCGGCCUACUCAACGAGCCCGAGUCAACACGUCUCAGCGUCUACUGCUACUUUCUCGGCAGCGACGAUGCACGCACCGCAGCACUGCUGGCCACUUCCAUCCCACAACCGCUCUUUCCGCUCUGCCUCGUACUCCGCUACCUCAUCUUGAAGGAAGCGCAACGGCUGGGCGAGUCGAGCGUGCGCUUCAAUUGGUCGCUCAAGCAGGUGCAAGCGGCGGUUGCGUCCGGUGUCCAUGCGCACACCGUACACGAGACGCUCAAGGCGGACCCCACCCUCACAGGGCUCCCCGACAACUUGGCGCAUCCGGAUCCGCUCAGCGUGGAGCCAACCACAAAGGAUGUUCACCUGCAAUCGAGUCUCCAGCUCACCUUGCAUUCGGCCUACCAGCUCGCUCAGUCGCUUCUACUCUGCCCGGAACCCUUCAGCGCACCACCCAGCGCCCUCGUACUCGGCUCGCUGUUCCAUACAAUAGCUCAGUCCAACGACGACAUCACACGCGAAGAUAUCACCACCACUUCAACGCAGGUCGAAAAGGAGAUGCUCGAUUGGAUUCUUCGCGAUACCGAACAGCACCUUGCGAUCGACGUCGAAGCGCUGAGGAAGGCCAAACGGGAACGCAAGCGGGAAGAGAAGAAGGUGCAGACGGCUGCGGCGGAGGCGGAGAAGAAGAAGGCAGCGACUGCGAGGCAGAAGGCUGUCCGAUCGGGGUUCGGGCUUCUGCAGCUCGACAACGAGGAUGGGGAGGACGAGAGCGAGGAGGAAUAG